UCGUAGGGAAGCCAUCAUCCUCCAGGGAGCUGCAGCGAUGAAGGCAUUAGUGCUCACCCUACUCUUCCUCCUCCUUCCAGCCAGCGAGGCCAAAGUAUUUAACAGAUGGGAACUGGCUUCAGUUCUGAAACAGCUUGGACUGGCUGGAUAUCGCGGCUAUGACUUGGACAACUGGCUCUGUAUGUCUUAUCAUGAGAGCGGGUACAGCACCCAAGUUGUGGGGCCACCAAACUUGGAUGGCAGUCGCAACUACGGGAUUUUCCAGAUAAACAGCCGCUGGUGGUGCAACAAUUACCAGGGAAUUACAGCUAAUGGCUGCAAUACGCCUUGCAGCGGGUUGCCUGGAGAAACAACUGCAAAGGGAGAAAUCUGUCAGAAUGGACUUGGGACUGCAGUCUCUGAGGUUCAUGAUCCUGCAUUUCUCUUCAUCUUCCUGUGAUGAAAAUGAUACUAUUCCUUGUAUUAUCAACAUUUAAUAACUUGAUUCUAUGCUUGUACCCCAUGUACAAGAAUG